UCAACGUCAUACGCUUUGGUCGUUAUCACAAGAUGAAAGUAAAAAAUAUUCAUCGUUUCACCAAGACACCAAAUACUAUAGAUUAUUAUCCAUAGUAUUUGGUUUCACUCAUAAUCUUGAACGAAAAUAAUAAUAUUUAUUUCAAUAGGUUCCUAUUCAAAUUUUAAUCUCUUUUCUUAAUUAUUUAGUUUUUAUCUACACAGAUAAAUUCUUACCGUUUCUUAACAUGAUGUUAUUUUCGUACAAUCCAAAGUAGAAAUGUUAUUAGUGGAAACUGUGAAUGGAAAACCAUUUUGGUUAACUACACAGUUCUUUACUGAGGCAAAUCAAAAACAAGUGGACACAUAACAGACAUGGUUCACUAUUGUAUUUUUCACAUGCAAUUUACCUGGUAGACUUGUUGGUCCAACAAAUGAAAUGCGUUUCAAUAAACAGGAGAUGAUCACAUUGGCACAACAACCAUCUAAUAAAUUUGACAAAGAAGGACUGUUAUUUGUUCGCGAACGCCAAGAAGGGUUUUUUAGAAGAACUGAGACUAAUUUUGAACGUUGGUGUCGUUUAAGAGGAAAUUUACUAUUUUAUCUAAAAUCUCACGAUCAGCUAUCAGAUUUACUAGGUGUUAUUGUUCUACAAAAUUAUUCUGUACAAUUAGACGAGUCUCCACCAGAAGGACCAUUUAGUUUUCAAAUUGUAUUCGAAAAUGGUAUUUGUCAACAAAUUGCUGCUCAUACAGAGUUAGAAAGAGAUUCUUGGUUAGAAGCUAUAAAGCAAGCAAGCUACGAAAUCAUGCGGGCGAGACUGUUGAAUUUAAGAAAGCAAUUAGAAGAAAAACGAAAACCAGAUUUAGAUAUUAAUAUGUGGAGAUUACGUAAAAAUCAGCCUAAAUUAGAUCUAACAAAGGUACCAUUGUGUGAAAUAUGUUUUUCUUGUGAUAAUCUGAUGUGUGACGGGCAUGGACGUUCUCCAAAUCCAGCAAUUGUUGUAUCAAUUUGUAUACCAAGCGAAAAUAUUUGGAUAAAUUAUGCUAAUACAGAAGUUAUUAUCGAUAAUAGUAAUCCAACAUUUUUGAGAACUAUAUGGUUACAGCGGAGUGAUGGGUUAACUGAGGAUUGUAUUCUUCGAGUAUCAGUCUAUGAUGUCCGAGAAUGUAUUUCUGGAACUGCAGUGAAAAUGGGACAUUGUGAAACAACACUUUGUUCGUUGUUAGAAACUACUCAUUCAGGAAACAAUGGACAACGUGUCCGUUUGCCAUUAUCAUCGCCAAGUAUUACGUCUGAUUCAGAUAAAAUUAUUGGUUUUGUGUCCAUGAUGAUUUGUCGUCCAGAUAAACAGAUUGGACAUAACAUGAGUACAGAGUCCACACCAUGCAAAUCAUUAAUGUAUAAUAAUCAUAACUUUCCUAUGGUAAAUCAUCGUAGAACUCAAUCAUUACCUCCAAGACUUGGAUCCAGAUUACAUGUUCCAUUACAGAACUAUCUAUAUUUAUUAUUUGACAAUGUAUCAUUUGUGACAUAUCGUUUUCAUUCUGGCCUAAGGGGUGAUAUAUCUGUUUAUGAAAUAAUGGCUGAAAGCAAGUUAUGCUUUUAUUUACCACAACAAUUAUUAAACAUAUGGAUUCUUGAAGAAAAAGAACUUUUACAAGAAGUGUCAGGAAUGGGUGAAUUAUCUGAACCAUGGCAUUCAAAACAAGUAGAACUACUUGACCGACAUUUACAACUAUUACAUUUGUAUUCUCAAGCCAAGCAAAAUCUAGAAAAUCAAAAAGGCGUUAAUUUUAAACCAAGUUCGCGUAAAAAUGACCGUUCUUUAGAGUUUGCACCAACAAACUUACAUUUACAACGCAUUUGGGUUCAAAAUGAUACACUAAAAAAAAGUGGAUUUUAUGAUACAAUAACAGUUGGUGCAUUUACUGCACAUUCACAUAAGUCUAAGACUGGAGGAUUAAUAAAACUAUUACAACAACUCAAAGAAGCACCACUUAAAACAAAUGACCAUGCAAUGGCCAGUAGUAAAAUUACUAUGGCGUUUGAUGCAAUUCAAGCAAUUAAACUUUUAAGACGAGAGGUAGUGGAUGCAAUGAAAAGUUUGUUAAAUUUAGCUAAAGACAAACAAACCUCAGGAAUGAUGCCAAUUUGUAAUGAUAUGAUAUCUAAAACUCGUAUUUUACUAAGCCUUUGGGAUCCAAAGCUUGUCGAAGAAGCUUUAAAUUUUAUUGAAGAACAUAAAGUGACACCUGUCUUGUGUGAUGACAAUGAAUCUGUGAAACAUCCUUCAAAUUAUCAUGUAUCGCCUUUUAAACGGAUAGCAAGCCAAAUAAAUUUUGAUUUACAAUCACCAGAUACUGAGGAUUUGUACACUCCUGAAAGCCCAAAAUGUUUGAGGAAUUUAAUGAAAUUUAAUUCAAAAGAAAUCCAAGAAGAACAUGACUUGAGCAGUAAUGAAGACCAGCAACAGUUUAUUGUAUUUCCAGAAUCUAAAGGUGAAAUGGACAAUAAUCAAGAAGAAGACACAAAUCAUGUUUCUGGUUCAAAAGAAAAUGCAUUGCUAAAUGAAAGCAGCAAUGGUAUGAAAACAGGUCAAUUUUUGGACACUUAUUCAAUGUGUAAUUCACCGUCAGCCAAUUAUUAUAAGCCUACUGAAGAACCAGAACCUUGGGAGCUUACUCAGUUGAAUAUUGAAGCUAGUAUUAUGUGUCUUGUGAGCAAAGUUAAAUUUUUAUGUGGCCGUUGCAAUAGUCCAGCAGUGAGAUUGAGGUCUCAAAGAUGUCGUAGUUUUCGUUCAAAUUCAUCAACAAUACAGCCAACAAAUUCUCAUCAGCCUGUGAGCUUAGAUUCUAGAUUUACUCAAAUUGCUGAUAACGAUGCACAAAAAACCGCUAAUAACAAUGCACCUUCCAGAAACAAGUUUACAGAAGGGCUUGAUUUUAAUCUUAUGACUGAUUGGGGUUCUGAACUAAAGCCAAGCAUGCGUAAACUUCGUCAAGCUAUGGAUGGACUUUUGAAAACGGCUAGACUUACACAUAGUGUUUUCAGAGUACAAGAGGAUAAACGGUCAGCUGAAAGGUCGUGCAAUAUUCGUUACCGUAGACAUGUUUGUUUUUCACAAGCGUUAACUGCUUUGGUAAGUGGUUUAAUGGCAAGAUUGUGGUGUCAAAAGCCUGAACCUGAAUUUCUAUAUGUGUUAUCUUCAAUUGGUUGUUUAGCCUCUUUUGAAUGUUUAUUGAGUUAUUAUGGUAAUGAAAUUGAUAUGUGGGGUGACAUGGCUGUUGCCAUUGAAGACUUGGCUACUGUGAACUUCACCUUAUUACCAUUAUCGCAAGCUGUUAGAGAAAAUCCAAAAGAUGAAAUCAUGCCACGUAUUGUGGGUUCUAAGAAUUCUUUAUGUGUUUUAUUACCAGUUCCUGAUUUAAUUCAGUCUCUAUUACCUUCUAAAAAUAUUGCUCCAUUUCGGGUUACACCGGUUUUUUUUAAUAUGGGUAUUAAUGAAAUGGCGACUAUUGCAGAAAACCUUGGAAAUACAAAACCACAGGAUAGUAGCAAUAUUGAUAAUUUUGAAAGAUUAAGUGAAUUCUGUUCAAGAUACCGUAAACUUAAUUUAUCCAGUAAUGGUGAUUGUGAACGGCAAGGUACUUCUGUUGCAGAAUUAAUGAGCAAUUUAAAAGAUUCAUUACAAAGCAGUAAGAGUAAAAAUGUAGAAAUACUACAAACAGCAGCUAUAGUGUGUCGCCGUUUAAAAGGUUUAAGAUUUACUAGUUGUAAAAGUGCCAAAGACCGAACAGGUAUGUCAGUCACAUUAGAACAGUGUUCUAUUUUAAAUUUAGAGUAUGGACUUGCAGAAAGUGAAAUUCAACAAGCAUUAGAUUGUAUGAGAAGUGAGGGGUGUAGGAGAGAAAAUGCAUACAAAAAUACCGGUGUCAGAAAAUAUGCAUUUAACAGAUUACAACACUUUACCUUACCACAAAUGUAUAGACCUCCGGCUGGUACUUAUGGAUCAAGCCAAACUUAAAUGGUUACCAUGGUUGUUUAUUAUUUUAUUAUUUUUUUUAUUUCAUUUAUUUUUUUAUUAUUGAUUUUUUCAUCAUUUAAAUUGAAAAAAAAAGUUACUUGAACUUUGUAAUGUUCCUAUACUGAGGCUGUUGUCUGAUGUACUUAGAACCUCUGCAAACAAUUUUUGAAAUAAGGAAAACUCGCUAUUAUAAUUUAUAAUCAAUAAUAAUAAUAUAUUAUUUAUAUUGUGGGUUUUAUUUUCAAGAGAAAAAAUUGUGCUAAUUAUUUUGUUUGUUUGGGUCAAAAUAAAAUAAAUACAGUAGUUGCUUCUUAUUCUGAACAAAUCGGAAAUUAAGUUGUUCCCAGAUUAAGUAAAUUAGUAAUAAUGGUUUAUUUGGUACUAAAAAUGUUGCCUAUAAUAUGUGGUGGUUCGCAUUAUCUAAUGGAUAAAUUUAAUAGUGAAUAUUGUAUUAGUAUUUUAAUAAUGAAUUAGUCAUUAUUCAUUAAACACAUUUUGAACAUUAAAUUGUGACUAUAGCAGUAUGGUUUAAUAUUUAUUAUUUAGUCUGAUAUUGACAUUAAAUCAUGGAAGCUUAUUUUUUAAAUACUGAAAUAAAAGUAUUCUAACAGCAGUUGUGAUUUUAGCAUUGAACACAAAUUUGGAUAUAAAUUUAUUCAUAAUUAAUUUAAGACACUGCAUAUUAAUACAAUUUAUCACAAAUGUUAAAUAUUUUGUCUCAACUCAAUAAAUUCUGGAAACUAAAUAGGUAAAUACUACAAUCGUGGAAUGAAAUAUUUAAUUUUAAUUAGUAACAAUUUUUUUUAAAAAGUUAUUUAAUUUGAUUACCUUGACCGUUUAACAAUAAUUGUUUAUAAAUCAGUGACUGAAGCUUAGCUAAGAGUGCUGAAAAGGCUGAUUGAAAUUGCUUAAUUUUAUUUAUUUUUUUUAACAGUUUUUAGUUUUAUAUUCAUUUUUCAUUUUAUUUAAUGCUUAUUUGAUUAUUAUAUUAUUAUUAAUAUAAGACUUGACUCCUAUUAGGUCGGGGAGGCGAUCACAAAUGAUAUUGUAUUAUAAUUAUGGAGAAAAUAUUUGGGAAUAGAAUAAUUUUUCUAAAAUUAUUUCAUAGUUAUCGAGAAUUAUAAUACAAAUUUGACUGACUCAAACAACAAUAUAAAUAUUAUGAUACACUUUUUCACACAAUAUUCCCACAAGUCCUAUAUAUUCUAAUUAUAUAAUACAAAAAUGAUACCUUUUUCUCCUGUUUGCUUAUAGAAUAUGUAUACAUUAAAUAUCUAAAAGUAUAAAUUAUAGAAUCAUAUAAAUUUAAAUUAGAAUUUCUGCUCUGUUUUGUAUACAUUUGUAUAAAAAAUAUGCUUAAAGGACUUUCUUACAGAAUUGGUGGCAUAUAAUUUUUUAUAAAAAAAAAAUCAAUUCUAUUUAGUUUUGAGACAUCUAUUUUUUUCUCCUAUUAACAACAUUUUUAGUAAUAAUUAUUGACUGUGUAUCAUUUAAAAUAACAAUAACAAAUGAUUGUAAUCAUAAUUUUAUUAUUUUAUUAUUAAAUACUAAUCGUAUACUGUAUACUUAGUGUAUUAAAAACUGGGUUUGUACAAUUGUUAUUAUUUAGUCUAUUUUAUAACAGCUAGUAGAUGAUGACAAACAGUUUUUAAAUUUAAACUUAAAUUUUAGAUAAUAAUUAUAGUACUUAAGAUUUAUCAUAUUUUAACUGUUAAUUAAAUCUUUGAUUACAUUAUAUUUAUGUUAUUUGUCAAUUUUUUAAGACAUGAUAUGUGCCAAACUUAAAUCAAAAAUUGUUAAACUUUAAUCUAUUCAGUUAAAUUUUACAGUUUAACUUAAAAAUAUUUAAUAUACUUGGGUUUGAGCGCGUGUCUUCCUGUUAUUGAUAUCAAAUCAUAGAUUCUCUAUUAUCUAAGAUACAAUUAUGUUGCUCAAAAUGUACAACAGAACCUUUAAAUUAUAAUAUAAUAUUUAUUAUAUUUACAUACAUUUAAGUUAAUUAAGAAUUACAUUUAAAAUCCAUUUAAAUAUUACCUAACAUUGUAUUUGUCCAAUAUACAAUUUUAUUUUAUUGAUAAAUGUAUACUUAUGAUCAUUUUGAUUUUUUUUAGAUUUUAUAGUUAACUAACUUAAGUUUUCAGUCUGCACAUUUUUAUUUUUGAAAACCAUAGCUGAACUGUUACCAUCAAUGUGUUUUUAGA